AUGGCGGCUAAGCUCAUCCUCCUUUUCGCUUCCCUUGCCCUCUUCGUCCUCUUAGCCAACGCUUCCACCUACCGCACGGUCGUGGAGUUCGAGGAAGAAGAUGGAGUCAUCAGCAGAAGCAACUCACUUAAGUGCCAGCUUCAGUAUUAUGAGCAGGAGGAACUAAAAGGUUGCCAGCUAUGGAUCAGUAAACGAGCUCAGCAAGGAAGAAUCGGAUACGAAGCUGAUGACUUCGAGCUCACUCUUCACGAGAACGACGAGAGCCGAAGGCCGCAGGAACACCACCCAGCUCUCAAAAUGUGCUGUGACGAGCUACGGAACUUGGACAAGAUGUGUGUGUGUCACACUCUGAAAGCUGCGGCUCUACAGGUUAAAGAAGAGGGCAUGCAUCAGCCACGACAGGUGAAACACAUGUUUAGCACUGCUAGGAACUUGCCUGACGUCUGCGACGUCCCUGAAGUUGAGUCCUGCAAGUUCGAUGCUACUCCUUGGUAA